AUGUUGCCAAUACAUCGUAUUAUUCUUCCACUAGGUUUUCUUCUUAUCAAUAUUAGUAUAGUACUAAGUAUCAUUCUUGCGGGUCAUAAAGCUCGAUAUAAGGAAACAGCCAAACGUAUGUUAAAACUUAAUGGUCAUGAUGUUGUAAAAUCCGAUAUUGUUAAAAAAGAGCUGUCAAUUUUAAUAAAUGAUAUUUUAUUAGAAUGCUAUCUUCGUCCAUCGAAUAACACUUUUGCUGGUAACAAUAAGAAGAAACUAGUAGCUGAUUCAACUUUGAAAGUACAUGCAACUAUUAAUUAUAGCAAAGCAUUUCCAACGGCUAUAUUAACAUUAUAUAAUGAUCCAGAUCAACCACAUAUAGUUUAUAAUGCUAUCUUUACAUUGAUUGGUUUUAUUGAUAUUACAUUGUCUAAAUACAAAAUACAAAAACAAUUUGUCACAGAUUCUGAUUGUAAGGAUUCUAAUCUCGUACCACCCGUUCCAGAUCUGUAUGGCCCAAAUAGUAGUUUAGAAAACGUGGAUGAAUAUAUAAUACAAUUAUGGCGUGGUUGGAUGCUGACAUGUUUAGAACUACAGUGGACAGUAGAGCGCUAUUGUAGGGUUACACCAUUGAUAACCUAUUUUAAACCUAAACGAAAAAAACCGCUUUUAAAUGGUCACAUUAAAACAGCCAAUACUUUGAGUAAUAAAGCGUGGUCCGAGUGGAACUUUAUUGAUUGA